AAGGGCGGUUCUAGAGAAUCUCCAAAACGCUAUAAAUAUAUACCGUCUAUCAAUUGAUGCCAAGCCACGAAAGCUCAAACACUUCUGUUUUUAUUUUAAAGUUUCCAAAAUUUUCUUUUGUAGUACUAGGUUUUCGAGCCCACUCACUUGUGCAAUGAUUUCCCCAUCCGCCCUCCUAUUUCAGGUGAACCGUUUGAAGCCAGAACUUAUAACACCGGCGAAGCCAACACCUCAUGAAACAAAGCUACUCUCAAAUAUUGAUGACCAGGAAAGCCUUAGGUUUCAGGUUCCAGUCAUAAUGUCGUACAAGAACAAUCCUUCAAUGAAAGGAAACGAUGCCGUUGAGGUGAUCAGGGAAGCAUUGAGUCGGGCACUCGUGUAUUACUACCCUUUGGCUGGCAGGCUCAGGGAAGGACCAAAUAGGAAGCUUAUGGUGGAGUGCAACGGAGAAGGUGUCUUGUUCAUGGAGGCUAAUGCUGACGUUAGGCUUGCGCAACUCGGGGACACGAUUGCACCCCCUUCUCCAUUCUUAGAGGAGUUUCUUUAUAAUGUUCCAGGCUCUGAUGGGAUUCUUGGUUGCCCUCUGUUGCUGAUUCAGGUAACCCGUCUUUCAUGUGGAGGUUUUAUACUUGCAUUACGCCUAAAUCACACAAUGUGUGACGGAGCUGGGCUUGUCCAGUUCUUGAACGCCAUUGGGGAGAUGGCACAAGGUGCACAAGCGCCAUCUACUACACCAGUGUGGGAGCGAGAGCUCUUGGGUGCUCGAGAUCCACCACGAAUUACGUGUGUGCAUCAUGAAUAUGAAGAAGGGAUUGACGCUCAAGGCUCAUUUCCAAGCACUAACAAGCCAAACAUGGUCCAACGAUCUUUCUAUUUUGGGGCCAAGGAGAUAAAGGCCAUUCGGAAUCAUAUUCCACCGCAGUUAUCAACGUGCACUACAUUUGAUUUGAUAACAGCUUGUUUGUGGAAAUGCCGCACACUUGCACUUAGAAUGAAUCCAAAACAAGUUGUUCGCCUUUCAUGCUUAGUCAGUGGGCGCGGUAAGCGCCACAAUGUACGUCUUCCCUUGGGAUAUUAUGGCAAUGCAAUUGCAUUUCCUGCUGCAGUUUCAGAGGCUAAAGCUAUAUGUACAAAUCCAUUGGGAUAUGCUUUGGAGUUGGUAAUGAAGGCAAAAGCUACAGUGAAUGAAGAGUACAUGAGAUCAGUUGCAGAUCUUAUGGAAAUAAGAGGACGACUACCAAAAUAUCCAUUGACAGGAAACUUCAUAGUUUCCGAUAAUUCGCGUGCAGGUUUUGGAGAGGUCAGUUUUGGUUGGGGCAAGCCGGUUUUAGCUCAAGAAGUUAGAAUAUAUCUAUUCACAGGCCUGAGUGGCUUUGGCUCUUCUUCCUUUCUCAAAUACUAA